CUGAUAUAAAAUGAUGAAAUAGAAUACAAUAAACUACAAAAUAUUGGUGCGAAUCUUAACAAAAGAGCAAAAAUAAUUUUUAAGAGUGAAAAAAUGAAGAUUGUAUCAUUAAAAUUAUUAAGUAUAAUGGUAAUGUCUUCAACUAAAUAUGAUUUGUGAUCUUUUGAUAUACCGUUGAAAAAAAUCGGUCCAGUAAGAGCUAGUGAGAACAAGUGGUAACAGAUGAAAAAAUAAAAAUAAAUAAAUACAUCAUGGAAUUUAUAUACAUUAUAUCAGCUAAUAAUAAGUUUAAUGGAGGUGAUUUAACAAAUUUUAACGAUGCUAGAAGUGCUAUAAAAGAAUGUCUUAUCAAUCAAAAACUUUCUUCCUCUUUUUUAUCUGACACUGGCCAUUUUUCCGAAGGUUUAAUUUACAGAAAUUUCGAUUACAUUAAAUUACUCAAAAUGAAUAAAAUAACUCUGGUUGAUUACAUUCAAAAAUUUGUAAAAGAUAUAUGUGAUUGGUAUCCUAACGAUAUUGACUGUCCGAGUAAAAGCAAAAUUUGUGCCGCAAAAUUAAUAAAUUAUCUCAAAGUACAUCCAGAAUGUCUUCCAUUUGAUGUAAAUGUAGAAUUGUUCGAAUUUCCCUGUGAAAAUGAUAAAUAUGAAAAUGAAAAUAAUAAUGGUGUAUAAUUGUUAAAUAUCAUAAUUAUUUAUUGAAAAUAAACUAAUAAAGCUUAGAAUGCAA